GUUGUUUCACAUUAUCAGCAGAUGCUUCAGAAUAGAAUCCAAAGAUCCAUUAAUGUGACAUUCAGCUUUCAGCACAUAUUGUACACAGGUUUUCCCUUUCUGAAUUUUAGUUUCCCCAAAAGAGUGAGCUCAUUUUAAGAAAGAGAUGAAGACAUCACAGAAAAGCAUUUGUAUCAUAUUGUUUUUACAAGGUGUUCGGUGUAGAGAUUGGAGCAUCAGUCUGCCAGAGAAGAUUGAAGCUUUGAAUGGAUGCUGUCUGACCAUACACUGCACAUUUGAUAUGGAAAACUCUUUUGACAGUGAUCUUGAUGACACUGCUGUAGGAGUAUGGUUUAAAAAUAACCCUUACUCGUCUGAACAAAUAGUGCUUAACUCCAGUAUCAGUAACAACCUUGGCAAAAUAACUGGACAUUUAAAAGACAAGAACUGUACCACUGACUUUUAUAACUUUAGUUCAAAUGACGAUGCACAAUUAUUCUUCAGGAUUGAAGGAAAAGAUGGGCUGAAAUAUACCUAUACAACAAAAUAUGUUUCAAUACAUGUGAUUGAUUCUCCCUCCAACCCAACAGUAAAGAUGUUUAUGGGGCAGAUGGAGGUUCACGAGGUGUUAGAGGGGAACGGGGUGAGACUGCGCUGCUCUGCUAUCACUCUCUGCUCCUCUUCUCCACCAACUCUCACAUGGAGAUCCACUGACAGACUUCCCAUAAAUGACCGCAGACUACAACAGAAUCAAACUGAGAUCUUCUCUGAUCUGAACUUCACUGCUUCUCAUCUUCAACAUGGAGUCACUUUCAUCUGCAAUAUAACCUACCAGCUACAGAACAGGAACGCAACAGCACAGAGCAACAUCACGUUACGUGUUCUGUAUGCUCCUAGAAACACAUCAGUAUCUGUGUUUCCAUCUAACUCUGUACUGGAGGGCACUUCAGUAACUUUGACCUGCAGAAGUGAUGCAAAUCCAGCAGUGCUGCACUACACCUGGAUCAGAGAGAAUGGAGGACGGCUGGAGCAGCUACAGACUGGACAGAAUCUAACCUUCAAUGUGACUGAUCGAACACACACAUACUACUGUCGAGCGGGAAAUCAACAUGGUACACAAAACACAUCAGUGUUGCUGGACAUCCAAUCUUCAGGUUUCAACUUUUCCUUUGUGCAAAUUGGAGUUGGUGUUUCAAUGAUAGUGAUCCUGUGUGCCAUUACAUGUGUCUGUAAACGAAGAGGAAGAGCUUUUCAGAAUAGAAAACCCUCCCAGAACAGUCCAGAAGGAAAUACAAGAAGCGUUUCGACAAAUGAGAAUGAGGGAGAGUCUGUUUUUGUCAAAAUAGAAUUUCUGUUGGAGCGGAUACACCAAAAUCUUCAUUAUUCCUCCAUCACCUUCAGAAAACACAAAACAGAUCCAGGAGAGAGCAGGCGUGUCUCUUCACUUGAUAAUGUAUACUCUGUUGUUACAUAUUCUUCUGUAGAGAUUCCAAAGUGCUCUAUAGAUGUGUGAAGUCACAGAACUCUGAUGAAGCUGAUGAACUUACAGACUCAGUUUCUCAGUUAUAUGCACAAGUUUAACAUCCAAUCCCAAGGAGUUCUUAAGAGUAAGACUUGUUUCACAAAAAACACUGUCACACUGCAAGUAGCAAAGUGUAUAUGCGUAAGAAGCAAUUGGAGUACAUUUUCUGCGGAGCAUAGAACUCAUUCAAUGGGUUGAAACAAAACUUUUUAGCAACCACCUAGAAAACCGUAGUUAGCAUUACAGAAAUACAAUAUAACUUUAUGAUCAGCAAAUACUGUAAAGUUUGCAGGCCAACUCAAAUGUAAAGUUUGCUUGAACUAAAGGGCUGGAAUUCUGCAUAGUCCACACACACUAAACAUCACGUACUUUGAUUCUUUAUGAUGUUUUUGACUCAUGUUUUACUGUAUUUCCUCAAAUAUCUUUUAAUAGUCGCCUCUUUAAUUUGUUUGACUAUUAAUUUUUUACAUGUUUAUAAUGUAAUUCACAUCUGUCUGUUUAGAUUGUCCACCAUG